UAGUUGGACGACAAGGAAGAGGAGAAGGGAGGAAGGAAGAGAAAAAGGAGCAAGGAGGAUAUUUAAAUCCAAACAUGUCACACGCGCGCCUGCGGAACGCCGUGAUCACCGGCAGCUGGCCGACGAGGACGAUGACGGCAACCGCGUCAACGUCGGCGGCGGCGGCGGCGGCGACGGCGGCGGCGGCGGCGAUGAGACAGGGUGUAGGCAGCGGCAGCGGGGCGCUGAUUGGCCGUGGGGUAGGGAUGGCGGACGGGCCGGUGUCCUCCGCGUCGAUGCUACUCCAGCCGGUUAUUCCGUGUCGCGGCAUGGCGGCGAGCGCAGCGGUCUCGGCGGCCUCGUCGGCGGCGACGGCGAUGCCGCGCGGCAAGGUCCUUACCGAGGACAACGUCUUCGUGAACCUGAGGAAGAUGGAAUACGCGGUGCGCGGUCCGUUGCUUAUUCGGGCGCUGGAGCUCGAGAAGGAGUUGCAAAAGGGCGCUCAGAAACCGUUCAAGGAAGUGAUCAAGGCAAAUGUGGGCGACGCCCACGCGAUGGGCCAGCAGCCCAUUACGUUCUUACGGCAGGUACUCACCCUGGCGGUUUCGCCGAAUCUGCUGAACGAUCCGAGCUACCCGGAGGACGCGAAGGAUCGCGCCCGAAUAGUUCUGAAGGGUUGUAAGGGUGGUAGUGUGGGCUCGUAUUCGGAAUCGGCCGGCAUUGAGUGCAUUCGCAAGCAUGUUGCGCAAUACAUUCAGGACCGUGACGGCGGCAUUCCUUCCGAUUAUCAUAACAUCAUACUUUCGAACGGCGCUUCUGAUGGUAUCAAGUCAUUCCUGAAACUGUUCAAUGAAAGGAUCAACGACAAGCCGUCCGGUGUGUUGAUUCCGAUUCCGCAGUAUCCUCUGUACUCGGCGACCUUGGCGGAAUUUGGUCUCACCCAGAUCGGGUACUAUCUGGAUGAAGACAACAAGUGGUCGUUAGAGAUUAGCGAGUUGGAACGAGCACUAGAGAAGGUCAAAGGCACAUGCAAUCCUCGCGUGCUAGUAGUCAUCAAUCCUGGUAAUCCGACCGGCCAAGUGUUGACUCGCACGAACAUCGAAAAUGUCAUUCGUUUUGCCCACAAGCAUCAUCUGUUCCUGUUGGCCGAUGAGGUCUAUCAGGACAACAUAUACGACAAGGAUAGCGCGUUCCAUUCCUUCAAGAAGGUCAUGACGGAAAUGGGCGAGCCGUACUCGAAGAUGGAACUCGCAUCGUUUAUGUCUAUUUCAAAAGGAUACAUGGGCGAGUGCGGAAUCCGCGGUGGUUACUCUGAGAUCAUCAAUAUGGAUCCGGAAGUGAUGAAAGUGUUGCAGAAGUCAAUUUCCGCGAUGUUGUGUCCUACUGUACUCGGUCAGGUUGUGAUGGACGUUGUAGUGAAUCCGCCGAAACCGGGUGAACCAUCGUAUGAGCAAUUUCAAAAAGAGAAGAAGGAGACGUUGCGCUCUUUGGCAGAAAGAUCGCAGCUCGUUGUCGAUACUCUCAAUAAUAUUCCGGGAUAUAAGGCAAAUCCACCGAUGGGCGCGAUGUAUGUGUUCCCACGCUUCGAGAUACCACCGAAAGCGAUCGAGGCGGCACGAGCGAAAGGCCAGGAACCGGACGUUUUCUAUGCGUUCAAAUUGUUGGAGAGCACUGGGAUUUGCGUGAUCCCAGGUUCUGGCUUCGGUCAGAUACCCGGUACAUACCAUUUUCGGACCACGAUAUUGCCACAAAAGGAGAAAAUCAAAACGAUGUUGGAUGCACUGAAGCAAUUCCACAUCAAGUUCCUUAAGGAAUACAGUUAAAUUUUCUGUAAUAUAUUUCCAGUUGAAAAAAAUUGAGAUUACGAGAAAAAUAGGAAUAGGAAUCCACGAGGAACAACCGCCUAGGGCUGUGCAUAUCUGAGAAAGGACUAAUUUUGGUCUCAAUGCGACUGUGAAUAUGCGAAUAUGAAUAAUUUUUAUUACGAUUAAAUAACUUACUAUCAAGAGAGAAUUACGACAUUGUUAUUGAGUUGUAUAGAAAAUUGUGAUAAAACUUUAAAUUCGUUGUAAUAUAAAUGUAAAUCAUUGCUGAAUGUAAAUAUUUGGUAGUUAUCGUUGUAUGACGAUCAUGGUCGAUAUUAUGUAAUGAUCAUCAAAAGAGAAAUUGAAUAUUGUUGUAAUCAG